AUGUCGGAAGGAUGCCGAGCCAGCGCGCUGCGGUGGCAAGGAGUCAAGAGCAAUGCAGCUACAGCCGAGGAUCUGGAGAGUACAACCUCCAUUGUGGCUGUUGGUCGUCGAGGGCCCCGGCCCCAGAUCGCGGUGGACAAGCACCGCCGACGGUCAACGCCUCAGCGCGCGGCGUUGGAGCCGAGACCAACUAUGGCCUCGAUAAAGUCGCCCUGA